CCGCCCGCCGCCGCCCGCGGCGCGCCCGCGACGCGCGCGACGCGCCCUCGAGCCGCGCGAACGCCCGAAACGCGAAUCCGCGCGCUCGAGGCGUCGCGAACGCGUCGAACGCGGACGCGGACGCGCGAAGAGAUAGCUCGCGACGCGUCGAUCUUUCGUCGCGCGCGACGCGGUUCGCGAUGCCGACGGCCGAAACGUCGCGUCGGUGCGUCGCGUGCGAUAUCGCGCGACGAUCGUCGUCGCGACGCGCGCGCGCUGGGACGCGGUGGAGACGACGAGACGGGGGGACGGCGCGCGGGCGAAUUUUAAAUGGACGACGCGCGGCGACGGGCGCGCGGGCGUCGGCGUCGAGCGAGGACGGCUCGGGGGAGGGCGACGCGAAUGGAAUUCGAACGUGGGAACAAAAACAGAGCGGCUCGGGGCCGAAGAUGCUGAAGAUUUUCAGCGUGAACGACGUGUACGAGCUGGAAAAUUUAAGCCGCCUGAGCGCGUUCGUGCGCGACAACACGAAUCAGUACCGCGAUCCGUUCAUUUGCACUUUGAACGGUGAUUUCCUGUCGCCGUCGCUGUUGUCGUCGUACGAUCUCGGUGCCGCCGCGGUUUCGGUGAUGAACGCGGUGCCGGUGACGCACGCGUGUUUGGGAAAUCACGAGUUUGACCACUCGACGAUGAUUUUGGGACAGCGGCUGAGCGAGCUCGAGGCGACGGUUUUGAAUUCAAACAUCGUCAGUACGGACGAUAUGCACGGGCUGGACGAGAACGGUAAUCGCGUGGGGGCGUUCGUGGACGAUUUGCCGUCGACGGAAGUUUUGGAGUUGGGCGGUUUGCGCAUCGGUCUGCUCGGCGUGUGCACGACGUCGACGCCGUUGUCGAGCGCGGUGAAGCCGCGAGGGGUGAUUUUCAACGACGUCGUCCCGAUCGUUCGCGAUAUCGUGCACGAUUUCGACAACCCGAAAACGCCGAAGGACGCGGUGGAUUUGACGAUCGCGCUGACGCACCAGACGCUGUGCGAAGACGAGACGCUGGCGCGCGAAGUGCCGAAUCUCGGGUUGAUUUUAGGCGGCCACGAGCACCAUCCGUUUCACGGCGCCAUCGACGGGACGGACGUCUUGUGCUUGAAAGCGGGGAUGGAUAGCGAAAACGUCGUCAUGGUCACCUUGGAGCUGGCGCCGAACGGGGAAGACGACGUUGAAGAGGCUUCGGGGAGCUCGCCGUCGAGCGGACGACGAGGCGCGGCGAGCGUGCCUCGCGCGAUUCGCGUAGGCGCCCCGGGAGGGACGACAUCGUACGACGAAAACGAUGACGCAGUCACGCAAACACUAGCGGCAUCUACGACGAACACGCGUCGCACGAUGGAAGCUUCGCGAGUGAAUGAAUUCGGCGAAGAAUUCAUAGAGGAGGUCGUCGCCGGCGCGGCGUUUGAGACGUCGCGCGGCCCGGGCUGGGACGUGAAGUCGGGACCGGAGAGCACGGUGCGCGCGCGUCGUGGGAACGUUCACAUCACCGCGACACUUCACUCUCUCUACGGCUACGAGCGCUGCGCCGAGAUCGAUCGCGACAUCUGGGAACGCUCGGAGGUGUUGAGAGACUUGCACGAGUACGUCUUGCCGUUGCACGAACACGCCGAACGACUCGGUUUGUUGCCGCUGUCGAGUUUCGACGUGCGACAGCAGCAAACCACCCUCGGAACACUUUUUGCCACGAUUCUACGCGACGAGUGUUGCGUGGACUUGUGCCUGUACAACUCAGGCGGCGUGCGCGCGAACAAGGUGUACGACGCGCCGUUGACGUACGGCGACUUUGUCGCCGAGGUGCCGUUUGAAAACAACAUCAUCACGCUUGAGAUGAGCGGCGACGACAUUCAUCGCGCGUUGUCGUUCAGCGAGGAGCAAAAGACGGAAACUUGCUCGUGGGGCGGAUAUUUGUUGUGGGACAACGACGUCGCCGUGGAAAUUCCCACAGACGCGGGUUCGGGUUUCGACAACUUGAACAUUACGAUUCGCGGCGAGCCGCUCGAGCGCGAACGCACGUAUCGCGUCGUCACCUGGGCCGGUUUGCUCGACGGCGCAGACGGUAUUCCCGCAUUCGAAGAGGUCGGCGAACGCUUGGCGGCGAGUUUGGGCGUCGAAACAGGAUCCAUGUCGAGCGCCACGUUCAGCGCGGACGGCGUCCCGUUCAAGAUUCUCAUCAUGCGUCAUCUGUGUCGAUGGCGUUGGGGGCAACUGAACGAGACGAUUUCGUUCGAAGACAUGGACACCGACGGCGACGGCGCGCUCGUCGCCGACGACGUGCGCGUGGCGCUCGAAAAGUUCACCGAAAGUGCGUCGAGCAGGCAAGAGGCGGACAGCAUGAUUCGUCUCUUCGACGUCGACGGCGACGGGAAAAUUUCCAAACACGAGUGGCUGGCGAUUCUCGAAUCGUGCGCGCCUUUGGCGUGACUUUCUUUCUUUCUGUACAUUAUUAUCGCAACAAUACGCUGUAUCACUAGACUACUAUACGCUAUACUUUUAAACGCAGU